AUGAUGCGAACCUCAUCAGGUUUAAAUGUCACCAAGAAGGCCGGCCCUGUCAUUGACAAUCCUCGAGAGCUCGUCAAGUGGUGUCCACAGGCUGAGUACCGUGUAAGAUGGGAGCGUGGCAAGUCCAUACUUUCUCAGAAGGCACACAAGCUCUCGCCAGGAGUGCUUGUCCGUCCUUUGGCACCACACUGGCGAUGA